AUGUCUCAUGAACGCGCUAAUACCGACGACACCAUUGAGGAUUACGAGACAGUUACUGCAAAGUUUCUGGACUUUGUUCUUCCCAGAUUUACUGUUAUGUAUCGAGACGAAGCAAGGCAACUUAUAGUGAACGACCAUUGCUUUUAUUCUCUGGCCACGCUGCUCAAUGAACUCUUUACCUCACGUUCACACCGGAAGCAUAACAAAGCUCAUAAGCGCACUCUCAUAAAUAUAGUGGCAGAAUUGGAAUCCAGAUCGAUCAAUCAACACUCAAUACUUUCAAGCGCCCAUUUACAUACUUUCGUUGCCGUUUAUCUCCUUCAAACCGGCUCCACUGCCGACGCCAUGCGUCAUCUAAAGGAAGCCGCUGAAAGAAUCUCAAACAGGAAAAAUUGGUAUUGCAAUACCGGAUUUAUUGUGGUAUACUUUGGUAUUCUCCGCGUCUGCUUCGAAUAUGAAGUAGAACCUUCAAAGGCCUUAGCCACUUCGUACUAUGUACCAUUCCUUUCCCAUCCAGGCAACACUGCAUGGUUAUAUACACCGAAUAUAUCCCGACGUGACCGUUACCAUAUUCGGCGUUCUAUCUGGAUUUCCGCUGUGGCUCAAGGUAAACUGGUAUUCCAAGAGCACGUCAACCGAGUUGAGACAGGCAAUCUUAGUCUGGAUGAAUUAGACUAUGAAAUGGAUAAAUGGUUACACGGCUACGACUAUCCGGAAUACCCUGAACCGGGAUCAUGGUGUCUUAAUAAUAUCGAUCAGCUCUCAGCAACGGAUGCAGAACUAAAAUUCUGGCGCCCUAUUUACAAUACCACGAUAAGACUAGUUGAAGGCGACCUGGCAGCAGGGAGUCAUGAUGACGAAACGAUGGCAGAGUUUGACUACAAAGCCGAUAAGACAUCUUACCAGUUCGGAAUAAUUCGCGACUUUAUUCAGAAGAGCAUUAGAUAUGUAAAGUCUAAGCAAGAGCUUUUCGAUGUUGAUCGAAGAUGCGGUUUCCAAAAGGAAUGCGAUUACCUCAAUUGCAUUCUGCAAACUUUCUUGGUAUUGAAAUCAGAUAGAUUUCACAAGAUCACUGACUUACCUUCUUACGAGCUAUCAUCAAUGGUUUCAAAGACAAAGAAGUAUAAUAAGAAAAGCAUUCCGCCUAAUUUACUUUGCGCUUUAGCAUUGAAAAAGUGGAAAACUAUUUGCGAAGAAGAACAUAAGAUACCGUCCUUGAUCCUGACUCCGAAGAAGAAAAAAACGAUGCCUUUAUUAAACGAAGAGGAUUACCAGUCUGAUACUUCUCAAAUAACUGUGAUCCGAUGGCUUGAUGUUUCUCAAGACCCUACGUUCCGAUGGCGUGAUAAAUCUACGGAAACCAUGUUCCGAUGGCGUGAAAAAUCUACAGACAAAGUUACUGCAGUUCAGGAAAGCCAAACGUUUCCCAUUGAUACAACAGCAGGUGUUCGUCACAUUGGCAAGGUUGACUCCCUGGCUUAUUCUUGCUUCUCGCAGUAG